AUGUCGGAUAUAUGCGAAGAUACUGCAGGUGAAGGGAUGAAGAGCUCAUGGCCUGAAUUGGUUGGGAGAAGAGGAGAAGAAGCAAAAGAGAUCAUCGAUAGAGAGAACACAAAAGUGACGGCUAAGAUCAUUUCUGAAAAUGCAAUUGUCUUGGCUGUUUUCGUUUGCGAUAGGGUUUAUGUUCGUGUCAAUGACAAUGGCAUUGUCACACAAACCCCUUCCGUUGGUUAAUCUAAUUAUAUACUAGAGGAUGGCCCGUGCUUUCGCACGGAUGAUAUUUUUUAAACUAAAGAUAUAAUUGGAUUUGUAUUAA